ACACCAACCAAAACAAAUUGUCAGUGUGUUAAAGAAAAGCUUUGCUUCUGAAACGUAAACACACUAUUAACCAAAUUCACCACCGAUCUUCGAUUCUUUUUUGCGCUUUCUUCAGGUUUUCUCCGCCGCUCUCUCGUGUUGCACAACAAUGGCGUCGGCGAACAGAGAGAUGGCUGUGUACUGUUUCGACACUUUGGUCUCUCACUACAACGAUGAAGACUCUCCUCCACCUGCCUUUGACGACGCCAAUCACCCAUUGUUUGUCACCUGGAAGAAAAUUGUGAAUGGUGGGGAGCCUCGUUUGCGUGGAUGUAUUGGUACGCUUGAAGCACGCCGCUUGAUCAGUGGCUUCAAGGACUACGCCUUGACCAGUGCCCUGAGGGAUCGUAGGUUCCCACCAAUCCAACCGAAAGAACUGCCGUUUCUGCAAUGCACGGUGUCUGUCCUCACUGAUUAUGAAGAUGCAGAGGAUUAUCUUGAUUGGGAGGUGGGAACGCAUGGUAUAAUCAUUGAAUUCACUGAACCUGUGACUAAUAUAAAGCGAAACGCCACAUAUCUCCCUGAGGUGCCAGCUCAUGAAGGCUGGACAAAGAUAGAGGCAAUAGACUCGCUGGUGCGUAAAGCUGGAUACAAUGGGGAAAUAACUGAGGCAGUGCGUAGGCGAAUCCAGCUAACAAGAUACCAGAGCACAUUAUUCAGCAUGCAUUAUAGUGAAUACCUUUCAUACGUGAAGGCCACAAGAGGCCUUGUCCCGGCUAUUAAUGGGACCAGCAAGCCCUUUUCCUGAUUUGCACCACCAAACUCCUGCCAAUGGGUGCGAGAUUGGUCCUGUUUGGGACCUCUCCUAAUUUAUCAUUGUAUUUGUGGUUCGAAACUGUAAUGCUCUCUCUGAUUUCAUCUUCAAAGAGACAAGAUUUGGCUGUUUCACCAUUGUCUGAAACGCAACCUCACCAUUUCUAAUGAAGUUCAUCGUUUUAUC